UGGUGAACCGGGUCCAUGGCUGAUUUCUUAGAACUGGAUAUUGAGUAUCGACGGUUGGGAACACAGAGCGAUAAUCAGGCGGUCCAGAUCAACCGCGUCCAAUCCUCCCCAUCUGAUACUCUCACUCCCCCUCAACGUGCGCUCUUUGAGGAUGCCCCCAUCGUCGUCCCCAUUCAUCUCCCCUCUCCUUCCGAUCCUAUCCGAUCCCAUCCCAUCCCAUCCAUGGCGGCCCCUGUCCUCCACUCGCUCUCCGCUCCCCCCUCUCGCCCGAGCUUCGCCGCGUCGUCCUCCUCGCCGAGGACGGCGGCCGCGGCCGCCCCGUCGUCCUUCCUCCGCCGCGCCGCCGCCGUCGCCAUGCCGGAGUUCCGGGGCCUGAAGAUCGCCCCGCGCCCCCAGCGCGCGGCCUCGGCGGGACCGCCGAAGGGGCUUCGCCGUGGAGUGACCGUGGUUUGCGAGGCUCAGGAGACUGCGGUCCAAGUUCCGGAUGUGAAUAAAUCAACAUGGCAGUCGCUCAUUCUGGAGAGUGAUCUUCCUGUACUCGUGGAGUUCUGGGCUUCAUGGUGUGGCCCCUGCCGAAUGAUCGAUCCCGUUAUCGGCAAACUGUCAAAGUCAUACGAAGGGAAGAUUAAGUGCUACAAGCUCAACACCGACGAGAACCCCGAUAUAGCGACCCAGUACGGCAUCCGGAGCAUCCCUACCAUGAUAAUUUUCAAGGAUGGGGAGAAGAAGGAUACGGUGAUCGGGGCCGUGCCGGAGACCACCCUCAUCACGUGCAUUGAGAAAUUUAUUCAGCGGUAAGCGCGUUCCCUUUUCCAGGAAUCUAAGACUGUUUUGAGCUAUGAUCUGGAGUUUCUGAGGCUAGUUCUGUGAGGUUUACGUUGUUUUAGUUUCUUGUAUGUCUCUAGUGAUUUAGAGCUCUGUGUAUAGUGGUGGAGAUUACGCAGUUGCUCCUUACUACCGAUGUCAGUAAAUGGAAAUUGAAAUAAUAACAAAAUAGCGACCGCUAAGAAACACAUCAUCUUUCAGUGAAUUUUGAGUUUGAAUCAUUCUUCUGAGGGAGAAAUUUAAAGACUCAUUUUUUGAACCAAA